AUGCCUGUUGCUUUUCAUUCUUCCUCAGAUGUGGGCACAGGGCCCUUGAAUUGUGGCAGCUGCACACCAGGGGGCAAUGCCCUGGCUCUGGCUGGAGCUUUUGGUGCUCAUGGCCGAGACUCUGCCCCAGCAAGUGCCACGCUGCUGGCCUGUGAGCUUGCCUGGUGUUUAGAGACUCCCAUGAUGCCCGAGGAAGUGGUCAUGCUUCUUCUCCUCUCUGUGCUGGUCCUGCUCACACAGCCUCCAAGGUCAUGGGGAGCAGAAGUGACGACCCUUCCUCAGAAACCUUUGAUUGAUGACCUCACCCUGGUCAAGUGUAGCCCUGUGGAGAAAGGCCUGCCUGGUCGUGAUGGACGAGAUGGGAAAGACGGCCCCCGGGGCGAGAAGGGGGAUCCAGGAGAAGUGGGUGCCCCAGGCGUUCAGGGCUCUGCAGGGCCAAGAGGCCCCCCAGGUGUCAAAGGAGAGAAAGGUGCCCCUGGUGAGCGUGGAGCCCCUGGGUUUCCAGGGAAAGCAGGCCCUGCAGGACCCCAGGGUAUACCGGGACCUUCAGGUGCCAGGGGACCCCCAGGACUGAAGGGGGACAGAGGUGCUCCUGGGUACAGAGGAGCAAAGGGAGAGAGUGGGCUUCCAGACAUCGCUGCUCUGAGGCGGCAGGUGGAGGCCUUGCAGGAGCAGGUAGAACACCUUCAGAGAGCAUAUCUUCAGUGUAAGAAAGUGGAGAUCUUCCCCAAUGGCCGAGGUGUUGGCCAGAAGGUCUUCAAGUCCGCAGGCUUUCUGCAAUCUUCUUAUGAAGCACGGCAAGUGUGCACACAGGCCGGGGGUCAGCUGCCCUCCCCACGCUCUGCGGCUGAGAACCAAGCCUUGCAACAGCUGGUCCACUUUGAGAACAAGGGUGCUGCGUUCCUGAGCAUGACUGACUUUUGGAAGGAGGGCUGGUUCACCUACCCAGGAGGGGCAUUCCUGGUCUAUUCCAACUGGGCCCCUGGGGAGCCCAAUGACGAUAGCGGCAGGGAGGACUGUGUGGAGAUAAUGGCCAACGGCAAGUGGAACGAUGUGCCCUGUGGAGCAAAUCGCCUUGUGAUCUGCGAGUUCUGA